UAUCAGUCUCCGUCAAACUCAUCAAUCAAAUUUGGAAGAAGAAUGGAUUUUGCACAACGCCUCGUUACAGCUUGUUUCACUCUAUAUUUCUCUCCUUGUUGCUAUAUAUGUGUUUUACUACAGUAUGUACUAAUAACAUUGUUAGUUAUUACCAUGUUUGGUGUACAAAUCUUGAAAAGUUCAGAAUAUAUAUAAAAUAUACAUGUAUUUAUAUAUCUGACGAUGUUUGUUCAUUAUUUCUGUGUCAGCCUUUUUUAUGAAUUAUAACAGAAACUAUGUUCAUGUAAUAUGUUUGGUUAUAACUAAUUUUUGAUAGUUAGGGUCUAAUUGUCAUUGAUGUAUUUCAUUUGUAUAGGAGAUGUGCAAUAUUGUAUUCAAAGGAAUAAAUGAAUGAAGUUUAUUUUGUUUGUGAUCAACACCACCAGGAUUGAAGACAAGACAUAGCUACUUGUUAUCAUUGUUCUGACACAAGUGUAAUGUUGGAGGAACUAUUUGUUUUCUUCUCAAAUCUAGUUACAUUACAUUCUAGCUAGCUUUGGGAAAUAACUGAUUGUGAUUAGUCAGCCAGGGAUUAAAAUAAUGAUAACAGCACAUGUAGAUUACAAAAUGCUGAGUUGUUAUACUUUGUGAAUUUUCAAAGAGUUUAGCAGUAAAUUGUUAAGAACAAAUACUAUGAACAUUGACCUGGAGAGUACACCACAAGUUAUGUAUAAAAAUACCAGAGAACUUCAUCUUCAUUGCGUUAUACAUAUUUUGUCAUGUUACAAUGGUGAUAACAUUCUUUUAAUAUACUAAUGGGGCCCUUAAACCUUAUCAUAGAAUUUAGUCAGUGACAGUAUAUAAGUUAAUACUAUUUAAUUUUUUUAUUUCAUUUCAUUUCAUUUUAUUUGCGUUUUUAGCCCCUGUGGUAUAGUACUUACAUAUGUUAGUACCCGAAAUGUUUUGUCUUUCAUUUUUCAUAAAACUGACAAAAAUGUAUAAGACGUGAAUUUUGCUUGGGACAUUGUAGUUAUAAUUAGGAAAGAAUAUAAGUAGAUUUAAUAUGGCUUCUACAUUUAUCACUGCAUUAGAACCUACUGUGACACUAUUGACAUAUCAAACACGUCUGAUCUGUGAACUGUCACCAGUUCGAUCUGAGAGUUACCUCCCAUCGGGCACCUGUCGAGGAAAGACUUGGUUCAUUCUCACGCAAAUUUACAUUCUGAGUACACAAGAGCGUAAGCGCGACACAACAAAUGGAACUCCUUGCAGUGUUCCCAGCGCUUCCUCCAAAUAAGACCGCACUGAGCAUCACUGUGGCGUAGAGUCGUGAGCUAAAUAUUAACACGCGCAAGAUGUUUUGGUUAUAUAAGUCUGACUUGAAGAGAGAAACACACAUAUAGUGUCCGCCACAGGAGUAACUCAUGAAUAGGAAAAUGGCUUCAGUAACAGGAACCAUUAUAUGCCUGUUUAGGAAUGACCUGAGAGUGCACGACAAUGAGGCACUGCACUGGGCUAUCAAGAAUGGUACACAUGUUUUGCCUUUGUACUGCUUCGACCCACGUCACUACAAAGGAACCUACCACUUCAACUUCCCCAAGACCGGCGCCAAUAGAUUCAAGUUUCUCCUGGAGAGUGUUGCCGAUCUCAGACAGUCCCUGCAGAGUAAGGGGAGUAACCUGAUAGUUCGAGUAGGCAAACCAGAGGAAGUAGUUCCACAGCUGAUAGAAUGUGUUGGUAAAAAUAUGGUGCAAGGACUAGUCUACCAAGGGGAGGUGACUGAAGAAGAGUUGACAGUUGAACAAGGCUUGAAUAAAAAGUGUGGGGUCAAAGUUCAUACAGUUUGGGGCCACACAUUACAUCAUAAAGAAGAUUUACCAUUCAACCCCAAGAAUGUUCCAGAUGUAUACACACAGUUCAGGAAAAGAGUUGAAGAGCAGGCUCCAGUCAGAUCUGUCAUCCCUACCCCAGACAGGCUGAAACCUCUACCCCCAGGGAUUGAGGAGGGCACGAUCCCCACCCCUCAUGAUCUUGGUGUUCAAGAAUCAACAACAGACCCUAGGACAGCAUUUCCCUUUGCUGGAGGGGAGACAACUGGUGUUGCAAGGCUACAGAACUACCUGUGGGACACAGACCAUGUCGCCCAGUACAAGGAGACAAGGAAUGGUAUGAUUGGUGCCGAUUUCUCCACAAAGUUCUCACCAUGGCUGGCCCAUGGAUGUGUUUCCCCUCGCUUCAUCUACUCCGAGAUUAAAAAGUACGAGGCGAAGCGUACUGCCAACCAGUCAACAUAUUGGGUCAUAUUUGAGCUCCUCUGGAGGGACUACUUUCGGUUUGUGGCUCUCAAAUAUGGAAACAAGAUCUUUUUCAGUGGAGGCAUACUGGGGAAGGACAUACCAUGGAAGAAAGACAUGAGGCAGUUUGAAGCUUGGAAAAGUGGCACUACCGGUGUUCCAUACAUCGAUGCCAACAUGCGAGAGCUGCUGGCUACUGGCUUUAUGUCCAACAGGGGCAGACAGAAUGUCGCAAGUUUCUUGACGAAGGAUUUGAAACUAGACUGGAGACUGGGUGCCGAGUGGUUUGAAUCCAUGUUGAUAGACCAUGAUGUAUGCAGUAACUAUGGCAACUGGUUGUACAGUGCAGGUAUUGGUAAUGACCCUCGUCAGGAUCGCAAGUUCAACAUCGUCAAGCAGGGCUUGGAUUAUGAUGCUCAGGGUGACUAUGUCCGCCUCUGGGUGCCGGAGCUGUCGAAGGUGACAGGGGGUGACGUACACACCGUCUGGGCCCUCAGUAAUACAGUACUGUCUCACGCAGAGGUUUCACUGGGAGAAACAUAUCCGAAACCACUCUUGGUGGCACCAGAAUGGGGCAGACAUAGUGCCAAAUCACGUGGCCGGCCUCAGGGGAAAGGAGACAAGCCACAACGGAAUCGAGGGAUUGACUUCUAUUUUAAGAGCAGCUGAAGCAAGUGAACAAAAGCACUACAUUUUCUGCAUUUAUUUCACUCAGGGAAGAUUGGCUGUUUCGUGAAGAUGCAACAGAUAUUUGCAACAUCAUUCACAGACCAGGAACACUUGGGCAAGCCUGGCUAUGUACUAUGUAUGAUGUUAAAAUACAGUUUUGUUAUUCUUGGUAGCUGACAUACACAGGGCAUCCUCAUUUGGUGAAUUGUCAUUGUAUUUCAUGUUAUUAUCCCCGGCAUGUAAUGCGGGGGGAUAUAGUCGACGCCUCGUCCGUCCGUCCGUAAUCAUUUUGUUUCAGGAGCAUAACUCAAG